AUGCAAGAGAACCAGCCUGUUGGAACUUAUAUUAGCAAAGUUUCUGCUACUGAUAAUGACAAGGGUGAUGAAGGAGUUCUACAGUUUAACAUAAUUGAUGGAAAUCAAGAUUCCGCCUUCAGCAUUAACUCAGAUGGAUCAAUCAUUACAAAUGCUAUAUUAGACAGUGAGACACAGAAUUAUUACAAACUAGUAGUAAAGAUUUCAGACAGUGGCUUGGAGAUUAUCAGAUCAGUGACAAGCACAGUGACAGUAUCUGUUGUAGAUGUCAAUGAUCAUUCCCCUUCUUGUUCUCUUGCGUAUUUAUAUCUGGAAGUUUUGGAAAAUACAACCGCUAAUACACUGAUAAGUAACAUCAACUGCACUGACCUUGACACUGGUGAUACAUUAAAGUAUUAUGUACAAGCACCAUAUGACACCGUAUUUGGCUUUAGUUCAUCAUCAUCAAAUCAACUUAGACUACUAGCGCCUUUAGAUUAUGACUCUCCCACCCAGAAGUAUGAUAUCAAGAUAAUCUGCAGUGAUGGAGUAAAUAAUUUCACAAUAACAUCUCGGGUUAAAGUUUUACCUGUGAAUGAAGCAGCGCCCAAGUUUUCAAACAACCCCUCCAUCACUGUAUCUGAGAACCAAGUUGUACAAGACGUUGUCUUAUACUCAGCCACUGAUACAGACUACAGCCCACAUGGUGUUGUUCUAUACAAAAUUCAGUCAGUUAGCAAUGGCGGCGCAGCAUUUUUUGACAUUGAUCCAGCAUCAGGGUCAAUAGAUGUAAUUUCAGCAUUAGAUUAUGACAUUCUUCCAGCUGACAGUAAAAAAUAUGAAGUCACUAUCAUUGCUGCAGAUGGUGGGGGUUUGGAGGGAACUGGCACAGUUACAAUUCAAGUUGCAAAUGUUAAUGAUAAUGCUCCAGUGUGUAAUCACACCAUAGCUGUAAAUGUGAAUGAAAUUCAAGGAGUUGUUCCUUACAUUGUUCUUACAAAUCUUGGCUGUGCUGAUAAAGAGGAUGGGACAUCUUUAAUUUACUCUCUCACCCAAUCUCCCGGAUCCCAUUUUACAUGUUUGGAUGGUCUUGUACAACUUAAAAACAAUACACUGGAUUAUGAGACUGCUUCUCUUCAUACUCUGGUGAUUGCUGUAAAAGACAAAGGUACCCCCAGUCUCUCCACCACUGUGACUGUGUUGGUGAGUGUGGUCAAUCAGAAUGAUGGUGGACCAGUGUUUACUGCUCCAGCUCCUAUCAGUGUUGCUGAAAAUGUUGCAUCUGGCUCUUUUGUUGUUGCUGUCACAGCAACUGACCCAGAUGGAAAUGAUCCUGACUUUGGGGAUGUGCGUUACUCUCUUGUCGCUGGGGAUCCUGCCAGCCAGUUCUCUAUAGAUGCAAGAUCAGGACAAAUCUACACCACAAAAACACUUGAUUUUGAAACCACAUCCUCAUACAGACUUGUGAUCCAGGCCUCAGAAAGAGCAGGUGGAAACUCGGCCAGUACAACACAGACAGUCAAUGUUGUAGAUUUGAAUGAUGAGAGGCCAUUGUGUCAGACUGGAGCCAUGCUGGUGACAGUACCAGAGAACAGACAGCCCAGUAGUCUGAUCACACAGUUCACAUGCACAGAUGCUGAUGCUGGAACCACACUGGUCUAUAACAUUACAACUGGUGCUGACAUCUGCAGGAUUGAAGGUAACCAGCUGCUGUUGAGAACACCCUUGGACUUUGAGAAAAAGGCGAGUCAUGAUAUAGUGGUUCAUGUUUCUGACAUGGUAGAGGCACAUGCCUUAGACAUAGCAGUAACUAUCAACGUUGGCAGUGUUGAUGAAGGACCACCUGUCUUUACAAAUGGUCAGUACUCACUGUAUGGAGUGUGUGAUGCUUCAAAUGUGAUUAUUACUAUGUUACUUGUACGAGAAGAUCAACUUAUUUUAAGUGAAGUAGGUGCUGUUUUGGCUGUUGAUCCUGAUUCCCCGGUGGAUCAGAAUGGUCAAGUGGUUUAUUCAUUUACAGCACCUUAUCCACAGUUUUCUAUUAACAAAUCCAGUGGAAAGAUUUUGUUAGCUCAGAGUUUGGACAGGGAGACAACUCAACACUUUAGUUUAGUUGUAAAAGCUUCAGAUGCUGUCAAUUAUACUACUGCUAAUGUAGAGGUUACUGUUCUUGAUGUCAAUGACAACAGCCCACAAUUUUCAUCAAAUUUAUAUAGGUAG